AUGAAGGUCACCACUAUCGCAUCCGUUCUCUGCCUCGCUGCGACCCAGCUUGUCGCUGCGGACGUUGUCGUCACCUCAACGGCGACAAACACGAUCACUAAAACGGUUUACCGUGUUACCUCCGAAACCGCCGCUGAGAGCCUGUCUGCCACUCCUCUUGCUUCUUCUCCAAGCUCUACGGGCUCUAUAGCCUCCAGCCAUGCGCACCACGCUAGCGCUGCGUCGACUAGCUCAACCAACACGGCCAGUCCGUCAGCUACUUUGAACUCCGCCGCUGGAACCUUUGAUGCCAAUAAGCCCAUUGCACUCGUUGCUGUUCCACUAUCUGACAGCGGUACCUUACUGUGGUGCUGUGAGACUCUGUUAAUGAUCAGCCACGACGUCUUGAGAUAUCAGGAUUGGCUGCAGCGAUUAAAGAGGUCCAUCACUGGCAGAUGA